AUGCAUACGUGCAGCAACAAUGCGUCCGAUCGUCCCAUCAUUUUCGUCGCUCAUAGUCUUGGUGGCCUAGUGUGCAAGGAGGCGAUCUUGCUUUCUCGCAACAACCCAGAGAUGCGUUUGAAGAAAAUUUUCGACCGCAUCAAAGGGGUCAUAUUCAUGGGCACUCCUCACACCGGAAACUGGAUGGCUGACUGGGCGAAACUCCCUGCUUCGGCUCUGGGUAUCCUCAAAUCCACCAAUACGACGUUGCUCAAGAUUUUAGAGACGGACGAUCAGCUUAUUGAAUCUAUUCAGGUUGGAUUCCUGGCCAUGAUUCGAGACCUGAGAGAAAACAAUCGGCGGCUUGAGGUAACCUGUUUCUUUGAAGAACUACCAUUACCGGUGGUGGGGAAAGGGGUUUCCAAGGAGUCAGCCACAUUUGCAGGAUAUAAUCCCAUCAGUAUCCACGCCAAUCAUCGUGACAUGGUUAGGUUUGCAUCCGCCGAAGAAACAGGCUUUCAAAGGGUACUUGGGGAGCUUAUUCGGUGGGAAGAGGAAUUGCAGUCCUCGGUCACGAAUAAGCCGACCCCUUCAAUUGAGCCGAUACGUCCCUCGGCUCCAAAGGCGAUAUUCGACGUUCCCUUCGAGCCUGAUCCCCAUUACAUAUCCCGAGAUACGCUCUCCUCGUCGAUCGAAGAACAGCUCGAUGAUCAUCAGCGGGCCAUUCUGUACGGCAUGGGAGGGACAGGAAAAUCGCAGAUUGCAAUCGCUUAUGCUCAUCAAUACCACAAACAGCAUCCACGGAGCCACGUGUUCUGGAUAUAUGCGGCCACAUCGAGUCGGUUUGUGCAGGCGUGCCAGCGCAUGGCACAGCGACUGCGCUUGCCUGGAUGUGACGAUCCCAAAACGGACGCGUGCGAGCUAGUAGCGAGGUGGUUGGAUGAUGAGGAAGAAUGGGCCAUGGCUACUCAUCGUGGACAAUGCCGACGAUGCGAAUCUCAUGCUAGGUCUGAUCCCGUCAGGCGAAGUGAGCACCGACAGGGAAACCCCGACGAAGCCGCUGAUGGACUAUCUCCCCCGGGUUGUCGAUCGAUCAAGGCGGCUCCUGAUCACGACGCGGAAUAA